ACGGCUGAAUUAUAUAACUUUAAUGUACUCACGGGUUGAACGGCGCAACAGCGGGACAUUUCGCCUCAGAUCUGUCGAUUCAUUGCGGAUUUGUCAGCAGAUUGCGAACUAGUGACCGAUCGAUCACUCCCCCGCCUCCCUCUCUUCACCCUCUACCGGCGACGUGCGUUAAAAGUUAUCGACAGAUCGGCGAAACGGCGCCGCACACGGUGGAUCGCCACCUCCCAGCUAGGUCAGCGACGUUGUUGACUUUAGAAAAUAGUUGAUAUUGCGGACGAUGUUUUCCUGCCAUACGGGAGAGGGGCAGCGACAAAUCCAGCUGACAUUUCACCGCGCAACAUUACAGCAAGGAAGGGCUUUUAUUUGAGAGCUUGACUGUGUGGACAUUGCGUUAUUUCUCCGAUUUUUCUUUCCAACUCGGACUGACGGGAGAUGACCUGACUGGUGAAGUGCAUUCCUUUUUCACUACAGGAUAAAUAAAUGGAUCAGGGUGGACUGAAGCGCAAUGGUAAUCGAGACGACAGCCUGACAUUUGGGGAGACAGGAGUCACAGUAAGCGGAGAUACAGGUGACACAGCUGGUUCACUGCUCCAGUCUGCGAUGCACCUGCCCGGCUCCGGGUCUCUGCCCCAGCCCACGGUGGCCCCAAAUGGCAGGGCUGGAACCAAAGAGCAGGGGGAGUUCGGAGGCCUCUUUGAGUCCCCUCAGCGUCAUGCCCUGUGUGAGGGGUCCGACACAAAGGAGGGUAAAAUGAUCAGAAUGCAGAAACGACAACAACAGCAACAUCAGGAUAUUGGUAUGUUUAACAUGGAGGACAAUGUGCCAUUGCUGAACCAGAGUAUUCCCGAUCUGAGCAGGACGUCCACCUCUGUCAUCAGCACCUCAGACACCUCCGUCCUGGGCAACCUACCUCUGCCCGACCUUUUCCCCCAGCACAUCAAGCAGGAGGGGAGUUUUUCUCUGGAGAAGGACUUGGGAACUUACAGCGGACAUACAGGCGCUGGUCCUUGUGAUUUGGAUGGCAGCAGCAGUCGCCUGCUUGAGGAUACUGAGAUUUGGCAAGACCUGGACCUUCCUAGUUCGUUGCCAGAAAUCAGUGAUUUUGAGUUGGAUUCAGAAGUGGCACACUUGGAUAACAUCCUACAUGUCAGCAGCGGUGGUGGCGGUCCUGACGGUGGCUUGCUCAAGGAAACAAAGUCUCUGGUGGGUAACGGAGGAAACUGUACCAAUGUGAACGGCACGGACCAGCAGCACCCCAUACACCAUCAUCAUCAGCAGCAGCAUCACCACCUACUACAGCACCAGCAACAUCCGCUUCACCAUCAACAUCAGCAGCCGCCAUCACUUCUCUCCACUGUCAUGAUCAAGGAAGAGAAAGAUCCCGACGACUCUUUCACCCACAUCCGUACUCCGGGUGUGGUCAAACAGGAGAAGCAGGACGGCGCUGGCUUCUGCCAGUCGCAGUGUCUCCAGAGCGGCAUGAGCUCUCUCCACGGAGGCCCCUUGACCUCACCCAUGGGAGUCAGCGCAGGACCUGGCUUCCACAUCAAAGCCAGCCCGUCCUCCACAGUGGGCCUACAAGACCAGAAGCCUUUUGGCAUGUACUCAAACCUACUUCCAAUGGGGGAGAGCUGGGCCAGGGGGAACAGGUAUGGAGAGUCAUCGGGGAUACAGAGGGCCGAUGAUGGGCUCUCCUCCGCCACAGCCUUGGCACCUUUUUCUGUCAGCUUCUCCAGCUCAUCUCCCAGAACAGGAGAGAGCAGCAGUUCUGCAGUGCCGGGCCAAUCCAAGCCCAGUGGGCAGACCCACAAGAUCUGUCUGGUGUGUUCGGACGAGGCCUCAGGAUGCCACUAUGGGGUCGUAACCUGCGGCAGCUGCAAGGUGUUCUUCAAGAGGGCCGUGGAAGGAUGGAGAGCACGACAAAACACAGAUGGACAACACAACUACCUCUGUGCGGGGAGGAAUGACUGCAUCAUAGAUAAGAUCCGCAGGAAGAACUGUCCAGCCUGCCGCUUCAGGAAAUGUCUUCAAGCCGGAAUGAACUUGGAAGCAAGGAAAAACAAGAAGCUGAUCAAGAUGAAAGUGCCCCGGCCCCCUGGAUCAUCCGAGCCCAUCAGCAACAUGCCUGUUCCAGUCAUCCCCAGGUGCAUGCCCCAGCUCGUGCCCACCAUGCUGUCAGUGCUCAAGGCCAUCGAGCCGGAGAUCAUCUACUCGGGCUACGACAGCACACUGCCCGACACCUCCUCACGGCUCAUGACCACUCUCAACAGGUUGGGGGGACAACAGGUCAUCUCUGCAGUCAAGUGGGCCAAGUCACUGCCAGGCUUCCGCAACCUGCACCUGGAUGACCAGAUGACUUUGCUGCAGUGCUCCUGGCUCUUUCUAAUGUCCUUCAGUCUCGGCUGGAGGUCGUAUGAGCAGUGUAACGGUAGCAUGCUCUGCUUCGCCCCCGAUCUCGUCAUCAACAAAGAGCGAAUGAAGCUGCCCUUCAUGACCGACCAGUGCGAGCAAAUGCUGAAGAUCUGUAAUGAGUUUGUCAGACUGCAAGUGUCCUAUGACGAGUACCUGUGCAUGAAGGUCCUGUUACUGCUCAGUACAGUGCCAAAAGAUGGCCUGAAGAGCCAGGCGGUGUUUGACGAGAUCAGGAUGACAUACAUCAAGGAGCUGGGAAAAGCCAUCGUCAAGAGAGAGGAGAACGCUAGUCAAAACUGGCAGCGCUUCUACCAGCUGACUAAGCUACUGGACUCGAUGCAGGAGAUGGUCGAGGGUCUUCUCCAGAUCUGUUUCUACACCUUUGUGAAUAAAACCCUCAGUGUGGAAUUCCCGGAGAUGCUGGCGGAGAUCAUCACCAACCAGAUACCAAAAUUCAAAGACGGGAGUGUCAAGCCUCUGCUGUUUCAUCAGAAAUGACUGCCUUAAACUGUGAAGCAAUGACUUAAAUCCUCCUCCAGGAGCACAAUACCUGUGGCCUCACGCCUCCUAAUCUGGUCCCAGAUUUGGCCAAACUACAGUAGGACACCCUACUACCGACCUGUAGCCCUUCCUCUUGGCUAACCAAGAAGAAUUUGGCCUCCAGGGGGAAAUGUUUUGGCUCUGAAUGUCUUGUGGGCAGGCUGCAUUUUGGUGAUCUAUUUGUUUCCCCGAGCCCCUUACCUCCGCCUAUGUCUUUCCUGCCUCCAGUGUUUCACUGCUGUUUUCACUGACAAGCCAACACCUAGAACCACCUUUUCCUCAUUCAACAUGACACCAAACACACUCUCCGACUCGCUGGAUUAGCAGCCUGUUGAAGCUUGCCCCCAGUUUAAGCCUGAUGUUCCUCUGCUCACCUGCCCAGCUUGUCUCUGUUUGCCCUCCACGGCUCCACUGCACGGAGAAUGUAGUGAGCGCUGGCUUGCUGUGGUUUCCAGAGAACUGGUGGCGACGAAAGGGACAAACAAAAUCACAGAAUAAUUAGAAACAUACUUUUUUCU